AUGAGCUCGAGCGUGCGAUCUGGCUUCUCGAGCCGUACCAGCAGCAGCGUGCGUCACACAAUGACGAGGACGUCGACGGCGCGACACGGUGUUGCGGCGACGCGCGCCGGCGCAGCGUCACCCGCCGACUCUCUCAUAUCCAGCAUGGCCGGCGGCGCUAAACGCAAAGAACGCGAUUACGAGCUCGACACGGGCUCGCGCAUGAGCACCGUUGGCGGUGAGGAGACCAACAUUAACGUCGUGGUCCGCUGCCGCGGUCGCAGCGCGCGCGAGGUCAAGGAGAACAGCGCCGUCGUCGUCAGGGCCGACGGCGUCAAGGGCAAUCAGGUCGACCUCUCCCUCGGCCUCAACGCCCUCACCAACAAGACGUACGCGUUUGACCGCGUCUUCUCCUCCGCCGCCGACCAGGAGAUGGUCUUUGACGACACGGUCCGGCCCAUCCUCGACGAGAUGCUCUCCGGCUACAACUGCACCAUAUUCGCCUACGGCCAAACCGGCACGGGAAAGACGUACACCAUGUCCGGCGACAUGACGGAGACGCUGGGCAUGCUGUCGGACGAGGCCGGCAUCAUCCCCCGCGUGCUCCAGCAGCUGUUUAGGACGCUGGAGCUUGACAACAGGGAGCACUGCGUUAAGGUGUCGUUCAUCGAGCUGUACAACGAAGAGCUGCGCGACCUGCUCUCCGUGGAGGAGACGGCCAAGCUGAAAAUCUACGACGACGCGUCCCGAAAAGGCCACGCCGGCACUAUGGUGCAGGGCAUGGAGGAAAAACACAUCAAAGACUCGAGCGAGGGCAUCAAGGUGCUGCAGGAUGGCAGCUUGAAGCGCCAGGUCGCCGCCACCAAAUGCAACGACCUCAGUUCGCGAAGUCACACCGUCUUCACGAUAAGCGCGUACGUGAAGAAGGUUAACGAAAACGGCACCGAAGACCUCAUCAGCGCCGGCAAGCUCAACCUUGUCGACCUUGCCGGCAGUGAAAACAUCCAGCGCUCCGGUGCCGAGAACAAGCGUGCUGCCGAGGCCGGCCUCAUCAACAAAUCGCUCCUGACUCUUGGUCGUGUCAUAAACGCCCUCGUCGACCGCAGCGCACAUAUCCCUUACCGAGAAUCGAAGCUCACGCGCCUACUUCAAGAUUCUCUCGGUGGCCGCACAAAAACCUGCAUUAUCGCGACCAUCUCGCCUUCGAAAAGCAAUCUAGAAGAAACGAUAUCGACGCUCGAAUAUGCUUUCCGCGCAAAGAACAUCCGAAAUAAACCACAACUCAACGCCAUGCCCAAGAAGACGCUCCUCAAAGAAUUCACAGCCGAGAUCGAGAAGCUCAAGAGCGAAUUAAUCUCGACAAGACAACGAAAUGGCGUUCACCUCCCUCCUGAAGUGUACGAGGAGAUGACGGCGGAAAGCGAGUCGCGAAGAAUCGUGGCAGAGGAGCAAGGCGCCAAAAUCGAAACGCUCGAGACGAAUCUGCGUAAUAAAACACACGAGUUGUAUUCCUUGAAUGCUACGUUUAUGGGACUGAAGAAGGAUCACGAGGGUACACGAUCGCAGCUCGACAGCACAAAAGGCCUACUCGAAGAGGCCGAGAUGGUGAUCAAGAUGACGCAUAAAUCGCUUGCCGAAGAGACGGAACUGCGCAAAGCCCACGAGGCUACGGAACAGAAGCUGACCAAGAUUGGCGGCGAGCUCAUCCACAAGCUCCAGCGAACAGUCAAGGACGUCAGUGGGCUGCAUGCCAAGAAUAAGCGAAAGUCGGAUCUGCAAUCCGUCAACCGGGCCGCAUGGGGAACCUCACAGAUGCAGGUUUCCGACGUCACGUCCAUGGUUGAGCGCCGCGUCGCCGACUUCCAGGAUGAGCAACGCCAGCACAUCUCCAGCAUCUCGACGCGGAUGGCUACCUUUGUCCAAGAGGAACUUCAAAAGCUAUCAGCCACCCAGACGUUCCUUGACGAGCAACUCAACGCAUUUACCGAUUCCAAAAGGCUGAUGCUGGAGCAAAAACAGAAAUCCAAAGUUGAGAUGGAUGAGGUGCUGGAGGAAAUCAAUGUCAUUCGCGACAGCGUGAAACACCGCGUGGGUGAGAGCUUACAGGUCAUCUCUGGCGCCGCUGAGAAGAUUGCUGCCGAUGUCGUCGCCGAGAUGGGCAAUCUGCACGCGCACCUGCACAACUCGUACUCUUCUCUAGGCAAGGACUUCAAGUCCAUCUUUGAAGACCUUGUCAAGCACCUCACUGCCCAGCGCAGCGAGUCGGAGAACCUUCGACGCCAGCUCCAGAGCGCAACGAAUGCCGCUGUUCUCCAAAACUCCAACACCUCGCUGCGUAUCCAAGAGGUCAUCAGCGAAGAGCGACGGCAAGCCGCGGAGGAUCGUCAGAAGCUGCUUGCUCAAAUUACGACGUUGAUCAACACGCAGGCUGAGACGCAAGAAACGAGAUUCGCGGACAAAGCCUCGCAGAUCCAGAAGUCGGUAACGGAAUCCGGCACCAUUCUGGAACGCGCCGCAACCCAAUACAACGAGGGCAUGGAGUUGUGGGACGAGAAGGAAGGCGAGCUCUUGGAAGAAGUCAAGAAGUCUCGUGAACAACUCAAGACGAAGCUCAAAGAUGACUGGAAUACUGCCAGCGAGCAGAGCACCGCCAUCCAGAGCACUGCCAAGUCGGUGCACGCCGAGACGGUGCGCGUGGUCGAUGAGCAGGUCGAGGAUCUAGGGUCCAAGAUGCAUGCGCUCGACGACUUUGUCACACAUGCCCGCACAGCAAACACGACACAACAUGAGAGCCAAGAGCAAUCGAUCGAGGCUCUAUCCAACACUGUCGAGCAAUCCUUUGGCAACAUCUCGUCGCACUUCAAGUCGACCUUUGACCGAGUCAAGAAUGUCGGCGAGGAGAUGGAACUGGACACGGACGAUAUGCGCGAGGCUUUGGAGCAGCUCGAUUCGCAACUAUGCCAGCCCUUGGCAAACCUCCGCGAAGGCAUCUCCGGCACCACCCUCCAAGAGUACCAGCCAACGGGCAACACGCCACAAAAGGCAGUCUAUCAAUACCCGACUGUCUUGCCACGAACAAAUAACACCGCCGAGGGCAUGGUUGACGAGGAGGACGAGAGCAGCAUGCCAGCAUCGCCGUUGGCCGCGGCUGUGGUGGACCGCUCUACGGACCAGGACCAGACCAUUGUCUUUGCUGAUCUACCGUUGACGCAACCGCAGCCCCCUUCUACCAAGGCAAGCUCCUUCUCCUCCUCCUCGCCGCGGCGUGGCGAGUCGUCUGACACGUCUGCCGCCGCGGCCACCAGCCCCGGCGAAGAAGCCUGCGUUACUGACAAGAACCAGGCGCUUGGCGCGAGCCUGCGCGAAGUCAACCCCAACGUGACGGCGAACGUGACGGCGCCGGCAACGCUGGGGUUUGAGCCCAGUAGCCGCGCGACGAGCAUCGCCACGUCCAUGCCGCCGACCGCCGAGAACGCGACGAUGCCCCUGCUCAAGCGCAGCACCAGGACGGCGCGCGUGGCGGGUAUCAAGAGGUCCGGCGUCGCGGUCGAGGGGCGCGAGAACUUGCCACCGUCUGCGUUGGCUUCGGCCGGUUCCAAGAGAAAGAGCCCACGGCUCAAAUAA